UAUAUAUAUAUAUAUAUAUAUAUUGUGCAACAUGUGCGUUACAAACUUACAGAAUGAGUUUUUACAGAUGUAAGCCAAAAACACAAAAUUGAAAACUUUCGUCAACAGCACGUCGCGAUAAAAAUUUUCGUAACGCGCUCUUUUAGAAAAUACGCGAUUUUAGCCGGCAACGAGUCAGAGGUUUCGAAAACAAUAGUGCUAUAUUUCCUUCUACGCGGUCGUUUAGUACUUAUAGCAUAUUUCAUAAAUUACUUAAUAGGAUCGUUCUAUAGUAUAGUGUAUGAAAGCUAUAAAAGCAGUUUAAGGUUUCAAUCUAAACGAUUUGGCGACACAGUGAGGGCGACAUGUAUCUUCAAACGUUCAUACCGCUGUUUUUAGCUGUCCAUAUUCCGGUCGAGAAUGGAAUGUGGGAAUAUUGGGAAUAUGGACUCGAAUAUAUUUUCAACGUUAACGUGUAUGUAGGAAGGCCGCUAAAUUAUGACAAAAAUCGGUCCUUUUUCUGGCAUACCAGUAAUGUCACUUAUCGAUUGUUCUGCACUCCGAAGAGUUCAAGACCCUGGGGAAGAAAGACAAUUCUAAACUGCCACCUGCAAAAUGUGCACAACAACUGCACGCCUGACAAAAACAAUGACAUGCCCUUUGAGCUACUCUAUAACAAAAUGGGAAUCGAGAAAAUGCUAAUUCCCGAGUCAACGAGACGGUUCGAUCUCCACGUUUUGAAACUGGUAGCUGAACAGUUGGAUCCUGCUACGACCUUCAAGGAUGUCAAGCAUGUUUCAAAACCGUCGAAUCAAUAUAAAUCCGAUGUUGCGCACAAAUCUAUCGUCGGUGGAUGCAACAUCAACUUUGACAUUAAACGUCAAAAAUUGCAAGAUGAGCGUUUGAGCGGGCAACGCAACUUCCGAAUGGUACCGCUGUUGCAAGAGCUGCAUAUCAAUUCUAAUAAAGAAAAACUCAUCGUCAAUAAGACUAAAGUUUCUACCACGUGCAACAUAAGAACAGACCAUUAUUUUCAAACUUUUCUACACAAAGGACAAGACUGCCAGGAAGUAAAACUGUAUCUGGACACAAUGACCAGUCUCAUGCAAAUCGAGAAGAAUAGUUUUGUUUCAAGUACAAGGAGGGAAGGAAGAAUGAUGCUAACAAAUACCAAGAUAUCGGAAUUCGUGGAAGUAAUCUUGGAAGACGUUCGACCUGUUGGAGAACCGGUCACAAUUGUACAACCCAAAGAAACAAUUAUCAUAGUCAACUAAGAAAAACAAGUUUCAUUUAGAAUCAUAUAUAAAUUAUAUAAUCGUACGUGUAAAGUAAUUAUUUA